AUGUCUUUCGUUAUAGAUGAAACAGCUCAGUAUCUUACUCCAGGUGGAUCGGCUAAGAUUGCUGUUCGAAGCAGUCAAGGACUACAGGAUGACAGUGUUUGGAUCAUAACGGCCAGCUUCACUAUCUUCACAAUGACUUCAGGUUUCGGACUUCUAGAGUCAGGUCGGGUCUCGUCGAAGGACGAAGUCAACAUCAUGGUAAAAAAUGUGGUAGACGUUAUAUUUGGAGGGUUGUCUUAUUGGAUGUUCGGUUUCGGUUUCACAUUUGGGCAACAUCCAAACUUCGAAAAUGCAUUUAUUGGAACAGGGGAUUUCUUUUUCGAUCCAGUGACUAGCGAUGAGAAUACGGAAGGAUGGACGUAUGCGUCAUUUAUUUACCAAAUGAGUUUUGCCACUACAACUUCGGCUAUAGUCUCAGCAGGUAUGGCAGAACGAGUACGCUUGAAAGCGUAUAUUAUCAUUUCUUUCGUAAUGACGCUCAUACACUCCAUUCCUGCACAUUGGGUUUGGAGCGAAAAUGGGAUUCUUUUCAAAAUUGGCAUCAUCGACUCGGCUGGAUGUAGCGUAGUGCACCUUGUUGGAGGAAUUUCUGGGAUGAUUGCCACCAUCUACCUUAAGCCAAGGCAGAAACGUUUCGGAAAAAUGGGAAAGAAGAGGAUGAGCAAUCCAACCAAUGCCAUUUUAGUUAAAACAUCAUUCACAGACUAUUCUUCCAAAAGAAUGCUUUUAGGAACGUUCAUGUUGUGGUGGGGCUGGCUUGCCUUCAACACUGGCUCAACCUAUGGUGUUAGCCAUGGGAAAUGGUAUCUUGCUGCAAGGUCAGCUGUUGGUACGAUAAUGGCAUCAACUGGCGGAGGUGUCACAUCAUUGUUAAUUUCAAGAUUUGUUACAAAGAGAAUAGAAAUCGAUAUGCUCAUUGAUGGCAUGCUUGCCUCACUAGUCUCUAGUUCAGCCUGCUGUUCUUGUUUUACGCCUUGGCAAGCAUACAUCGUUGGAUCAUUCGGAGCUGGCUUUGCCUUACUUUCUUAUCCACUACUGGAGUGGGCAGAGGUGGACGAUCCAGUUGGUGUAAUUCCAGUACAUGUGAUAGGAUCUGUAUGGGGUAUGAUCAGUGCGGGUAUUUUUGCCAGAGACGAUCCCUUGAACGCAAAUGGUCUUCUCUUCGGCGGUGGUUUCACACUUAUCGGCAAACAGCUUCUAGGCGUAAUUGUUGUCUCAUUGUGGUCCGCUUUAAUAGGAUUCAUUACCCUUUUCUGUUUGCAACACUCCCGAGUAGGCUUGCGGCUAACGAGGCUUGAGGAAGAGAUCGGAGCUGAUUUGAGAGAGCACGGGCUGAGUGGACAUUGCGUACGAGCGUAUGAGUUUGAGAAAAAACUAACACCCGAGUGA